AGCAGGAGAGGCUGGCGGGCGCCUUCCUCUCCCCAUCCUCAUCCUCCUCUUCCUCGCCACACCUCCUCCCUUGACCUCGAGAAGAGAGGCGGGAGGGGGGCGUGGGCGGGCGCGCCGAGGAGCCAGCUCGACUCCAGGCAUUGCAGGGGACGCGGCGGCGCUCCUCCUCCGGCUCCGGCCUCCUCCCGCGCCUCCGAGCCCAGGCAGCGAGCGGGGACGCAGCCCAUCGCCGCCCUCGGCCUCCUUGGCGGACCCUUGGCGGCCGGAGCACGUGGGGCUGGGCUUGAAUGACUGCUGCGGCCGCCCCCCUCCCCUCCCCUCCCCUCCCGAAAGCAAGCCAAGCUGAAGGAAGGCGGGAAGGGAGCUCUCCUCUUGGCGCGGCGCUCCUGCUCCUCUGCAGACUUCGCGGGCCAUUAGCGCUGCGCCAAACUCCGGCCAGACAAUUGCUCUAGACCAGGAUAGCCAUCAUGGACAGUAAUAUUGAUGAACAUCAACUAAGUGUCAUAAAAAAUCCACCUGGAUGGGAAAUAGGUGUCUAUAUUACUGGGGCACUUGCUCUUCUGGGAAUAGCUGGAGUGAACCUGUGGAAGCUUUGGAGAUCUGGCAGCUAUCCUGCACCAUCUCCAUUUCCAAACUAUGACUACAGAUACCUUGAACAAAAGUAUGGGACCACGUAUUCCCAGAUCAAGCAAAAGAGAGCUGCAAACAACUUCCGAAAGGCAGGAGACAGGACAUCUCCUGUUCGCAAGCCAAGCCUGAAAAUGGAUGACACCUUUGAAAACAUCAAUGAGUUAGGCACUUUGGAGCUGAUGCAUAAAGAGCUUGAUUUGGCUCCCUAUGGUCCCCUGAAAAAGUCUAUUUCCACUGACUCCCUCAGUUCCAUCUCCUCUAUUGGGAAUAACUUUGGCCAAGAAUUCACAGUUGGACAAGUGGAAGUCAACAUGGAAUACAAUGUACAUUCCAACACCUUGCAUGUGACACUGCUGCAAGGGAAGGAUCUCAUGGAGAAGGAAGAUAUCAACUUUGAGUCCUGUUUUGUGCGCAUAAGUUUACUCCCGGAUGAACAAAUUGUUGGCAUUUCUAGGAUCCAAAGGAGUGCGUACUCUGUUUUCUUUGAUGAGAGAUUUUCAAUUCCCCUGGAUCCUUCUGCCUUGGAGGAAAACAGUUUAAGGUUUUCUGUCUUUGGCAUUGAUGAAGAUGAGAGGAACAUCAGCACUGGGGUAGCUGAACUGAAGCUGUCAGAUUUAGAUCUCUCUAUUCGUCCUUUCAAUGCAUGGCUCUAUCUACAAGACAUGAACAAGGCUAGGGAUUCAGUGGGGGAAAUCCUGCUUUCUCUUAGCUAUCUACCAACAGCAGAGAGAUUGACUGUAGUUGUGGUUAAAGCCAAGAAUCUUGUGUGGACGAAUGGCAAAAUGUCUGCAGAUCCUUUCGUCAAAGUAUAUUUACUGCAGGAUGGCCGGAAAAUCAGCAAGAAAAAGACUGCAGUGAAAAGAGAUGAAGCCAAUCCAGUGUUUAAUGAGGCCAUGAUUUUUUCAGUGCCAGCAAUUGUCCUACAGGAACUGUCUCUUCGGGUGACAGUGGCAGAAUGUUGCGAUGAUGGAAGAGCCGAAAACAUUGGCCAUGUUGUCAUAGGCCCAGCUGCAGGGGGCAUGGGCAUCACCCAUUGGAACCAGAUGUUGGCCACCUUGAGGAAGCCCGUCUCCAUGUGGCACCCACUUCGACGAAGCUAAGGGCACAAUUAUUUACUGAAUAAUUCAGUAUGGUGCCUGAAUUCUUCCUAUUCAUGGAUAUUAUUAGCUAAUGAACUUUAGGACACCUAAGAGCAAAAACUACUUGCCCAAAUAUUCUUCACAAAAAGGGAGUAGCAGCAAUAGCAAAGACACAAACAAUUAAAAGUCAGUUGCCAAACAAGACCACACAAGCCUUGGGAAAGCUUCAGAACUAAACACCUAUGUGUGGAAGCCAUAUUAAUACAAAUGUUCCCUCUAGGAUCUUGGGAAAAAAUGGGAUGGCCUCUCUUGACACCAUUAUUCUGACAUCACCAGCUUGGAGAACUGUCUUUUUAAAAUUUAUUUGCCACUGGCCUGGUUUUUCCUCUAGCAAAGAGAAUUAGAAGGGAAAGCUUGAGGUCUGUCAUCUGCUUGACUUCACUCACCCCUUAAACACGUGUACUUGGAAGUCUAAUCCAUUGCCUUGAUCUUGCUUCAAAUUAGGUGCAUUUUGGAUCACAGUUCUGUAUCUUAGUCCUUGUCAGAUUCAUUGGGAAGCAAGUCUCACUUCAGAGGAACUUGGUAAUAAGGAAAGUUGCUUUACAAUCAUUGCAACCUGUAAUCAGAGUCACAUGCAUGUUCAUUGUGGACCAGAAUCUAGAAGUGUCAUGUGAGUGCGUUGCAGUGAAGAACAAGGCCAAUAUUCUAUUCACUGUUUACACCAUGGAGCAUUACACCUAUGUGGCUAUUCCAGAGCCUACCGAAUUACAGAAUCGUGUAACUAAUCACACCAACCGGUGCCAUGGCAUUCACUUUCCUGUUCUGCAUCGUUAGUACAACUCCCUAUUUGCUUCAAAGAUCCACACUGGCAGAACUUCCUAGGCAGUGCAACCAUGAGUGCAACAUUGUACAUUGGCUUCAUGGGGUGUGUGCAACCCUGAAUAUGAUACCUCACCCUUGUGCAACCUCUGAGAAAGUACAACAAUUUGCAUAACACCAGCGUGAAGUUGCAACAGGAUACUCAACUAAGAGGCUACUUUAUGUACCGAUCUAUUGUAGUAUGACAGUUUUUACAGACUAAGUUCUUAUGUGUUUGUCAUGAAGUGGAUCUGCUUUUUGCCUGUGAUGAAGCAGCUUCUCACAUCAAGAACUCGUGCAAGAAAAAUUAUGUCCAGUGGUCUUUUUUGUCUUACUUUAUAUACUAUAGUAAGUGUGAACCAGAGAGUAUACAGCAUGAUCACAAAAUCCACAAGCAUCCAUCAAAUGACUAUCUAGAUUAUAGUGAAGUCUCAUUUAACCCAGUGUUCCAGAAAUAGCACUAGUGUCUAUGAGAGUGUAAUCUUUUACAUGUCUACUCAGAGAUAAGCCUCUUUGAAUUCAGGCCUAAACCAGACUUCAGGUCUAUAUCAAAAGCUGUUCGAGCAAACAUCGACCGUCCAGUUACUUUAGGCUUCAACUUCCAGACAUCCCAGCCAGCAUACCGGCUGUUAGGAAUUGUGGGAGUUGAAGUCCAAAACACCUGGGCAGCCAGAGUUUGCCCAUGUCUGAGUUAGAGGGAUGCUGGACAUAGCAGCUUUUUCCUGUGGUGACCCUUGGAGUGCAGAACAUGAAAUGUUUCACCUUAGAUCCUUAAGUGAAUUAGAUGGCUUUCCUUUGAGAGCCACACCAUAGGAAUUUAAAUAUAUGCCUUUUAAUAACAAAGGAGUGGCAAUUUCAUUACCAAAGCUCAGAUCCAUAUAGGAGUAUUUAUAAAUUGGUCAUCUUUUAGUUUUCUUAGAUUUUUUUCUGCAUAAUGGACAUCCUUCUUCAUAAGCAAAAUUAGCACAAGAGUCCAAUAGUCUAAAUGUAUCUCAGGAAAAGUUUGAACAAUUUGCAAAAUCCGCUGAUGUGCAUAGUUGAUUUUGAUAAGAGAGAAACUACCCUUAAAAACAUGAAAAAGCUUGCUUUUAAUUAAAAGGCAUCCUGUCACUGAAGUUGAAGAAAUAGUGAUUUCCAUAGAUUUCAGGGGAGGAAAUGUCAGCAGGGUCCCCUCAACCAAUUCUGACAUUUGAUAUGAGAAGCAUUUGGAGAAGUCACUUUUAAAGACUACAACUUCCAGAAACGGUAACUCAGCCUGUCCACGAGGUUUUGGAGUUAUUUCCAAAAGUAAUUUUUCCAAUCUGUGAGCAUGAACCAGAAAAAGACUUGGUGUCUGCAGUUCUAUUGCAGGUCAAGUACUGGCUGCUUUGUCUAGCUGUGUACUUCCAAAAAUACACAAAACCAAGCCCUACUCAGAACACUAUUAUUAUUAUUAUUAUUAUUAUUAUUAUUAUUAUUAUUAUUAUUAUUAUUAUUAUUUUUAAAAAGCUCAUCGUUUACAGGUGUCACACGCAAUCAGUUUCAAACAUUGCUGUUGAAACUAUAACUAUUGAAUGUAAACCCAUUUGACAUUGGGAAUUUAACUUUUGAAGAAAAACCCUUCCUCUUCUUUGAAGCUUAGCAAAUGCCAUUAUGAGUCAAGCAAAUUUUGCUAUGUGGUACUUUUUUUAGGUUGGAGGACAAAAUAUUCUACAUUUCAUUUCCUAUAGCUAACCAGAUGUUAAAUGAUCCUUCUACAGAGCAAAAUACCACAGUGGGAAUGGUUUUAUCAUCUGAACAGAAGGAGGGACAUCUGGAUUGACAGAAGCCAAAGAUCCAUUUAAUACAAGACUGGUGAUUUGUGAGUGUGUGCCGAUGAGGUGGAAGCUUUGGUGUACUCUGUGAAGGAUAACAGAAGGGAGACAUUGGGAAUUCACUCUGGAAAUUUAGUAGACCAGCACUCACCAUCUGAACCCCUUGAGGCAUUGUCUAUUAAAACUAUAAAAGUAUAGUAACAAAACAAUCCAAAAUAAUAGAGCAGGAGAAAUUAUUAUAGGUAAACAUCAGGGUUGAAAAUGACUGGCAAAUCAAAACUGAAUUUUGCUGAUUUUUAAAGAGGUCUGGGAAUCUGGAAUGCAUAACACUUGCUACAGCUGAUUAGGAAUGAGUCUGAUCCUAUAAGCUGUACAAAUAUUUGCAAAUUUUAUCAUUGAAAACAUGUAAUAAUAAUAAUAAUAAUAAUAAUAAUAAUAAUAAUAAUAAUAAUAAUAUAAUAUACCGCUCUAUUUCUCCGAAGGAACUCAGGGCAGUUUCCAAAGGAGCAAAACAACAUACAUGUAAUACAUGUAUUACCCCAGUUUAGCCGAGAUAAGAAAGGUUGGUUAUAAACCCAUCUUUUCUUAGCCUGGUACUAUCCAAACGCAUUAGAUUUUGAUUCAUAUGGCCAAUGACUGUGCUCACUGGAGAUCAGAUUGGCGUAAAGGGUUAUAAAAUGUAUAACCUAGCAAUGCUUACAUUAUGCAGAUGCUACAGUAUGUGUACACUAGGAUAACAGCCACAAGCUACAUCAAUACGAAAGCAUUAAUGCAUCACUUCCCUAAUUAAUUCAUUUGCUUUCCUUAGAACACCUCAAGGGUGUGUGGAGAAAGAGCAUCAAAAUUCAAUAAGACAAAAUACCCCAAAACAAGUUUGAGUGCCAGCAUCAUGAUUAAAAUUUCCCUUUUAACAAUAACAUUGAAAAUAGCCAAUAAAAAUACUUUUAUGUUGCAGUGAUUUUGGGUACUGUCUAAAUCAUAGACUUGGAUGAGUCUCCAAGGAUAGGAAGCUGCACAACUCUGGGGUAAUCAUUAAAAUGCUCCCCUCCAGCUCUUGCCUUAAAGAUUAGGAUGGGAUUUGUUUAUUGUAUUAAAGAUGGAGAAGAUUUCAAAAUUCAUUGAAAGGAGAACAAGAAGUAGGGAACAAAAAAUAAAGAAAUAGCUAAGAUGUGUGGCGAGAAAAGCAUUUUUAUUUGGUUUUCAAAUUCAGUUUCCACUCAGGCUAGACACUACUAAUAAACAGCAUUUCAACUAAAUGUGAGAUCCUACAUAUUCAUGUUCCUCCACACACAUAAGUCCAUAUGCUCCAUCACUACUAUCAUGGCUUAUCAGAGGGAUGGAUGAUGAAGCAGCUGGUCUCUACUUGGUCAUGAGUGAAAUAAUGGGGUUGUGCUCUCAAAUGGGGUACACCCACCUUUUCCUGUCUCCAGAAGCCCAGAGCAGUUGGACCUGCAUUAUAUCAAUUGCCUUCCCCUCCCUCUCUUUAUGACUAAUAGGAAGCAGCAGAAUUGACACCACCCAGGGCAUUAGCCUUUAUGCCCAGGUUAUGGCUGCUAGGUAAUGUAUGGGCACAAAGGCAAGAGACUCUUCAAAUGAGCCAACAUGGGAAGUGGAAACCUUUUACAUCACUAACAGGAUGCUAGUCAUUUUUCAAGGUGACAGUGCAUAGAUAUCUAAGCCAUAGCAGGUCUUUAGGUCAAAACCAGCAUUAUGAAAAGGAUAUGUGUGUGGUUAUUGGUUUUUACAUUUUCUUGGCCUCUUAUUACAGUUGUGCCUGUGAAAUGCAGGUGCCUGGAGAGCUGGGGUGUCAUGGCAGCUCUCAGUUAUCAGGAAUUGGGAGUGCUUAUUCUAAUUCAGCCAGAACUGCUAAGUAGACAUUAAAGCUGAGGUUUCAUGAAUCUCAUCUUUUAAUUGUACACCAUCAAGAUGACAAAGAUUCUAACAGGAACGAUUAAUAUCUGAAUGGGACAUUACACACAGUGCUGAAGUGGUCAAGAGCAUUCAAAUCCACCACUAAUCACAAUCCAGGUUUCUAAGUCAAGCAGCUGAAGAGCAACACACCAAGACGGUGAACCUCCCUGAACAGCAAGGGACCAAUGCCUCUAUUUAUCCCUAUGUUUGGCUCACAGUACUUGCUCCUUGUAAUCACCACAGCCUUACUGGCUUUGACCUGACUCUUCCACAUCCAACCUCUUGCCAGACUUUGUGUGAGCCUUCCAGGAUGUGUUACGAUAAAAUUACAAUGGCGUACCUACCAUCUGCAGGCUAUGUAUGAUUCUUUAUCUCCUGUUCUUUGUUAACUUUUGGAAUAAACAGACUACACUCAAAAAGCUAUUUAUACUGCAGGACUGAAGAAAAGGGUAUGAUGACUAAUUACAUUUGUAUAUUAAAAGUUUAUUAUUCUAAUGUGUAACAACCUUCUGAACUUUACAUAAUUGAAUAGUAGAAGGUGCGGUGGGGUGACUUUGUAAUGUAAAAUGGACAUACCAUCACACUCUGUUUUCUUUUGACAUUGUAGCAGACUUAUCUUGAUUGUCAUCUUUCUAAAAGUUUGGUGCAUCAUAUUUUUUCUACUGUAUGUGUCUACUUUUUAUAAUACCUUGUUCAGUUCCAACUUGUUUACAAUAGGUGUGUCCCUACUUGGCCUCUGUUUUUCAUUCAGGAGUGAGGAGGGGUUUUUAAUCCUUCUUUUUUCCCUUUUUUUUAAGAUGAAAGAAUAAAUAUAUAUGUAACAGAAGAAGAAAGACAAACAUUAAGUAGGGAAAUUUCAAUACAAAAAAUAAAAGAUGUAGUAAAAAAAAUCCUAAACAAGCCAAAUUACCAGGAGUGGACGGGUUCACUGCAGAAUUUUACAAAGAAACAAUAGAAAUAAUAGCACCAGAAAUGAAAUAUUUAUUUAAUAGCAUAUUGAGGGAAGGAAAAGCCCCCAAUACAUGGAGAAACGCAAAGACUAUAGUAAUCCUUAAGCCACAAAAAACCAAGAGAGACACACUCGUGCAGACCAAUCAGUUUAAUGAACCAAGAUUAUAAAAUGUUCACAAAAAUAUUGGCCAACAGAUAAGAAAAAUACUACCAAAAUUAUAAAGGAAGAUCAGUAUGGAUUUAUUAAAGGUAGACAGACAGGACACCCAAUCAGGAAUAUUAUAAACAUAUUAGGAUAUAGACAAAAGGAGAAACUAGCACUACUAAAAUUAGAUGUAUAUAAAGCUUUUGACACAACUGGGAAUUCUUAUGGAAAGUAAUGAAGAAAUUUGGACUAAAGGAAACAUACAUAAACCACAAUUAAGGAAAUAUAUAGGGAAGGAACCUUAGUGGUGAAAGUAAAUGAGGGAACAUCAGAAGAAUUUUAUAUUCAAAGGGGAGUUAAGCAAGGAUGCCCAUUGUCACCACUUAGAACAGAGGGAUAUAAAAUGGGUGGAGAAGAAAAUUAAAGUUAAUUUGUAUGCAGAUGAUAUUAUGCCAAUUCUGACUAACCCAGUAUAUGGAAUUAGAGAUUUAAAAAUUAUUUUAAAAAGAUUUUAAAACAAACUCGGGGUUAGGAGUAAAUAUUAAAAAAUCCAAAAUCAUGUAUGCUGAUGUAAAUUAUUUAGAAAAAACAGAAAUAAAUAGAAUGACAGAAAUGGAAAUCGGUACAAAAAAAUGAAAUAUAUAGGAGUGAUAAUACAUAUAUAGAGAGAGGGAAUAUGGCAGAAAAAACUACAAAGAAGCAUGGAAGAAAGUUAUAAAGAAGAUAAAAAAGUGGAAAAAUAAAAAUCUAAGCAUUUCACAUAAAACUAAAGCAGUUAAGAUGUUCCUCACCCCAAAACGAAUAUACCUAUUUCAAGUUCUACCAAUAUAAAUAAAUAAAAGAUCAAUCAAGAAAUGGAACAAAGAAAUAUCUAUGGGCACUUCUAGAGAGUAUAUGAGAAGGAGAGGGAACUGGGAUGGUGGGAAGAAAUGAGAAAUAAAGGAUAUGGUAAAAUCAAAGAUAUGUAUGAUCUGAAUAGCCAAUUAAUUUCUAUAGGCAAAGUAAUAGUGAUGAUGGGUGAUAAGAACUGGAUUAUUAGGUCUAUAUAACAAACUUAAACAAGGAAAAUAUGAAGGAAAGAUACAGAAAGAUGAAUGGGGAGAUAUCUUUAAAAGAACGGAAAAACAAAAAAGAGUUAACAGGAGCAAUAUACAAAUUGAUGGUAAAGGACAAUGACUAUAUGAUAAGAACAACACAAAAUAAAUGACAAAGAGAAGACUCACUUAUGAAUCAAAUGAUACAAGAUAUGAAGGGGAUGAAGGAAAUCAGAAUGGAUAAAUACAAAGAAUUAGAAAGGAAACUUAUGCUAAAAUGUUGUAUGACUUUAGCUCAAUUAUCAUCUAUAUAUAUAAAAGGAUAAUGAAAUUUCGGCCUAGGACAAAACAACAAAACUACACCUCCCAGAAACACUAAACUUGGCAGCACAACCCCUCAUCCAUGCCUCUACGUUCAUACAACAAAAAGUUUGAGCUACUCCAGAAAACGGCCAGGCUUUGAGACUGCAAGGCUAUUCACUGCUAUUCCACCUGGCCAACAAAGGAUUCCCAUAAGCCACAGCAAUGCGUGGCCGGGCAAAUCUAGUAUAUAAUAAAAGGAGUAAGCUCAAUGUGCUGGCACUGCGGAAAGAAUGAGGGAUGGUACUCAUAUAUGUGAUGGGAAUGUCCAAAAGUAACCAUAUUCUGGGAAAUGAUAACAAAAACGAUGGAAAGAAUAUUUAAAAUGCCUAUACAAGUAAAUUUAGACACAAUACUAAUGGGAAUAUUAGGAAACAAGAGAAUUAAUACAAAGGAACAAGAACGGUUUAAAAUUAUGAUUUGAGCUGGACAAGCAGCAAUUUCAUGAGAGUGGAAUUUUUUUUAAAAAAAGUGGACAUUGGAGAACUGGAACAAUUACAUAUAUGAACAAGUACAAUUCCAAAUUAUGACAAGUGUAAUGAAGGAGGAUGCGCAAGAGGAGAAAAUAGAGGAAACAAAAAACAAAUGGAAAACAUGUAUAUAGAAUGGGUAAAAAAAAAACCUAUACAAAUAUUGUAAAGAAAGUAAGAGAACUGUGCACAUGGCUAAAAAUAACAAUAUAGCGGAAAAUGUGGUUGGGGAGGUGGGUGAUGGGGAAGAUACGGGAGUUUUAGUUUAUUUUUCUCUAUUUUUUAUUAUCGUCUGCUUAGAAAUUUAGUAGUAAAUACUAAUAAGAUAAAGGAUAUGUAAAAGUUUAAGAUAUAAACAAAAUAAAUGAAUAACAUCUAGAAAUGCUGGAUACAAAAUAUCCUAGAUGUAAUUGCACCAAAUGAAAAGAAGUGGAAACACUAAUAAUAGGAUUUAUAAAUGUUUAUACAAAAGGUUUAUGAAUAUCUGCACCUAACCGAAAUAUGUGUAAAUAAUGUGAUGAAAAUGUAUUAAAAGGCAAUGAUAAUAAAAUAAAAAUUAAUUUUUUAAA